AUGGCUUGCCUCGGCGUCCGUCAGACCCUCAUCCAACAGCUCAGGGGUCAAGAUCUUCGUAUUCCGGAUCUCAGCCUGCUCUUCAGACAAUGGCCAAAAGACGCAAGCCCUUGCCUGGAAGGCCUUCGAACUCUUUCUGGAGAGCGGAUCGCAAGCUUCACUAAGUUGCCCAAGAGCCGGAUUUCAAUGUCAAAAAUCGAUGUAGGACUAUUCAUAUCAACUUGGUACCCUGGAGUGAACCUGGAACGGGGAGAUAUCCUGUGUUGUGUAGUCCUCUGGCUAUUCACAUGGGAUGACCAAAUCGAUGAAAAGGGGGGGCAUCUGUACGACAAUCUUCAAGCCGCACACGUUUUCCGGCGAGAAACCCUCGAAUACGUGCGACACUGCCUUCGUCUUUCCGACAAUGAGGCCUCCCAUGAAGUUCAGACGAAUUAUAUCAUCGCUUUUUUCAAAGUAAUUGGCGAUGCGGUGUGCGAGGCUUAUGACUACGAUCACCGAGAGAUUCUUUUCGAUGAGAUCAAGUUCUUCAUAGAGACCUCCGAAACAGAACAGCAGCGUCGGCUUGGCCCUGAGCUCCCGUCUACGCGAGAAUACAUUGCAACCAGGAUGGGAACAGGCGCAGUCAACGUCUGCUUGUUCUUCAUUGACUAUGCCUGCGGGGUCUCUGUCCCGAUCGAAGUCCUCAGAGAGGUGGAAAUGAGGACAUUAUGGGACCAGGCGAACAUUCUCGUAUGGGCCGUCAAUGACCUCCUCUCUCUUAAGAAAGAGAUAGUAAGCCAUCCUCAACGUGGUCUUUCUUUUCUUCUAAUAGUAGCGUGUUUGCUGACUCUCAGUCCGAAGGCACAGCAAACGGUCGAGAGCAUUGUCCCCUUGCUCUUCAGAGAAACGGAAAGUCUUGAUGUUGCAGUCUCCAUGGUCACUGAAAUGAUCCACAAGGCUAUCACUGAAUUCAACCAUGCCGCCGGGUGCCUGAUGGCUAAGUUUUCCGAUGAUGAAACAUUAGCGGCUAACCUCAAGACUUACAUUGAUGGUUGUAAAUACAUCUGCACUGGCAACCUGACUUGGAGUCUUCAGACAGGCCGGUAUGGCCUUUCGCAGCAUUCAAUUUCCGGGGGCUUGGCUAUGCGCUUGUAA